CACGCUUCCAAACUACUUAUCAUUUUCUACGAGAAUUUGCCACCAUGGGCAGCGUCGGAGUUGACACGCAGAACCCAGAGCGCAUCAUCAAGACAGACCUUUGGCAGUAUGGUCGCCGACGACGCGAGGACGGCCCUUAUGCCGACAAUCUUGACAUCGAUGUUCUCAUUGUUGGCGCUGGAUUCGGUGGAGCAAUGAGUUUGUACGAGUCUAGGAAGAAUGGAUUCAACACAGUCUUGUACGAUGCAGGACAAGGCUUUGGUGGCACAUGGCGAUGGAAUGUCUAUCCCGGUGCACGAGUGGACAGCCCUGUCCCAAUCUACGAACUGGCCAUUCCUGAGGUCUACAAAGAUUGGCACUGGACGACAAACUACCCCAACUGGGAAGAGCUGCAGGCAUACUUUGACCACAUGGACAAGGUGCUUGAGCUCAGCAAGGACUGUGCAUUCGAAACCGUGGUCGUCAGUGCCGAGUUCGACACAAAUGAGGGGAAGUGGACUGUCAAGACUCAAGACGGCCGUACCACCAAGGCCCGUUUCUUGAUCGUCGCCGCCGGAUUUGCUGCCAAGAGAUAUAUUCCCGAUGUGCCAGGCCUCGAUUCGUUCAAGGGCGAGAUCCACCACUCCAGCUUCUGGCCAGCCGAGGGAGUCGACUACAAGGGCAAGAAGGUCGCCGUCAUCGGCACUGGUGCAUCAGGAGUGCAGAUGAUUCAAGAGAUGGGACCAGUGGCCGAGCAGCUUACCGUAUACCAGCGGACACCAAACCUCGCACUGCCAAUGGGCAAGCGAGACCUGUCAAAGGAAGAGCAGGACUCGCUUAAACCCGACUAUCCUUACAUACACGCGAUGCGCGAGAAGUGUUUUGCUGGGUUCCACUACGAUUUGUGUGAGCGGGACACAUUUGAGGAUGAUGAGCAGGAGCGUGAGGAGUUCCUGACUAAUCUGUGGGCGCAGCAAGGAUUUGCUCUGUGGCUCGGAGGAUACAAAGACUACCUUGCCAACGACAAGGCAAAUGAUGUUGCGUACGAAUUCUGGAGAAAGACGCAGAGCAAACGUGUGCAGAACGAGGAGAAGAAGAAGCUCCUAUUCCCAGAGAAGAAGCCUCACCCGUUCGGAGUCAAACGCCCCUGCUUGGAGCAAACCUAUUAUGAGGUGCUCGAUAGGCCCAAUGUCAACAUCAUAUCGAUUAAUGAAGACGCUGGAACCCCUAUUGAACGAUUUACCGAAAAAGGUAUUGUUACGGCAGGUACGGAAACCGAGUUCGACAUCAUCGCUCUUGCCACCGGCUUCGAUGUCGUCACAGGCGGCAUGACUUCCAUGGGCCUCAAAUCCAUCAACGGCACCUACCUCAAAGACGAAUGGAAAGAAGGCGCCAACACUUUCCUCGGAACCACCAUCUCCGGCUACCCCAAUCUCUUCCACUUAUACGGCCCUCACGGCCCAACCCUCCUCUCCAACGGUCCAUCAUCCGUCGAAAUCCAAGCCCGAUGGAUCCGUGACGCCAUCAAGAAGAUCAACAAGCAAGGUCUCAAGUACGUGAACCCUACCAAGGAGGCUAGUGAUGAGUGGAAGCAGCGUAUUCAGGAUUUGGCUGCGGGGACUCUUUUCCCUACUACCCGAUCGACGUAUAUGGGUGGUACUGUGCCAGGCAAGAAGUUUGAGAUGACUUGUUAUGCGGGUGGUGUUGAUAAGUAUGGACCUGAGAUUAGAGGGUAUUUGGCUGAGUGGAAGGGUUUUGAGACUGUUAAGGCUUAGAUGAAAAGAAGAAUGGAAAGGAUUUAUUGUGAUUUGCUUGAGUUAGCCGGC